AUGGCACGCAACACUGGGGAGAGGAUGCUGAGGAGGCGCUCGUGCAGCGACCAGGACAGAUACUAUUGGGAUGCUAUUAAGAAAGGUUAUGAUGACCUUCAGUCCAUAGUGUCCACCUGCCAGCAGCAGUCUGAAUUUGCUGUGGGAACACAGAAAAUAAGCAAGGCCACCAUAUUGCAGAACACCAUUGACUACAUCCAGUUUCUUCACAAGGAGAAGAAGACGCAAGAGGAGGAAGUGUCUACACUGGGGAAGGAAGUGAUGGCCCUAAAGAUCAUGAAAACAAACUAUGAGCACAUAAUGAAGGCCCACCAGAGCAACCCCCAGCAAGGGGAGGAGCAGGUGUCUGACCAGGUCAAGUUUAGCAUCUUUCAGAGCAUCGUGUACUCCGUGUUCCAAUCCCUCAGCAACUCUGUAUCAGUGAACAGUUUCCAAGAAGUCUCGGCCUGCAUCUUCAGUUGGAUCAAGGAGCACUGCAAGCCCCAAACUUUGAGGGAGUUCGUUCUUGGAGUGCUCAGGCAGGACCAGCUUCUGUACAAUCUCCAGACUGAAACCUGCCCCAGAAAGUGA